AUGUGUUGGUACAAACGAGUCAUCUUCGCCGACAACCACGCUAAACCUGCCGGCCUGGUGCGGAAAUGCCACCUCCAGCUGGCAUACGAGAACGGAGAGACAAGCUCUGGCUGCGGCAAGAUGGAUUUCCACCUGGUGCAGAGCAUCAGAGUCCAGGAGGUCUGUCCCGACUGCGCCGCCAGGCUGGGCAAGCAGGCUAACAUGCUAGCAACCAUCAAGGAGCAAAUUUCCCAGGCCAAGACCAAGCUGCGGUUGAGCACGGAUAGCAAGAGCGAUGGAGUGGUGGAUGAGCCGGACGCGGUUGAUGGUGACGAGGCGUUCAGCCCUGUGAGCAUCAGUUUCUCUGAGACAAAGGACAGCGUAAGCCUUUCCGUGGCCAAGCCCGUGCCUUGA